AUUAAAAAUUAAAAAAACCCUAACCAUCGGCGUUGUUCAUCUUCUCACCUGCGAUUCACAAACGGUCACCACCACCGUCCUCCUUCAUUCGGCGAUUCACGAACCACACCACCACCUUCAGUUUUUUCGCUGCCUCCGUCGCGGCCGCCGUUCAAGGAUAAACUACAUAUACAUACAACCAUGCUUAAUAUUGCGACCACGUUUUGCAAGCGACUGAAUGUCAAGGAUUUGGUGACCAAUGUUCCUGUCUAUAGCAGUUUUAGUGAUGGAGCUACUGCUGGAUUAAACUUAUUAUUCAGACGUUGGGCUACCAAAAAGACAGCUGGAUCAACAAAAAAUGGACGAGACUCGAAUCCCAAGUAUCUUGGUGUAAAGAAAUUUGGUGGGGAGAGAGUUAUUCCCGGUAACAUUAUUGUUCGUCAACGGGGCACUCGGUUUCAUCCUGGAGAUUAUGUUGGAAUAGGGAAGGAUCACACUCUUUUUGCCCUUAAAGAAGGCAAUGUCAAGUUUGAAAAGAACAAGCUGAGCGGGCGUAAGUGGGUACACGUUAUACCGAAGGAAGGGCACGUUCUUCAUCCUGUUUAUGAAACUACUUCUACUUCUCUACAAUUGAAGACAGCAGCAUAAUCUUUGGUGCUCGGUUGAUGAACAUGAUCGGCAAUGGUACAAAUUUUCCUGUUGUUUGUCAUGGUCCACACCAAAUUUUAACCAAACUCGAUCGCCUCGGGAGGAGGGGAUGUAGGCAGUCUCUUUAAGCGCCUGUUUUUAAUGUUUUAUUAUUUCUUUUUCUGGAAAGGCUAUUGGAUGUCACUUUAACCAAUAUGGAUACGAUGGACGUCCGCUUCUAGCUCGACCCGCUUAAAAAUCUGAUGGUGAAGAGAGAAAUUUCCAUUGUAAUUAAGUUGCCUCUUUUUUAAGCAAGUGAAGAUGUGCGAAGAAUUAUAGGUGUACUCCGAGUGAAUUUCAGGCCCUCUUUUAACCUCCUCCCCUAGCAAGGAAUAUUUUCUCUAUUGACAUUUCAAAUAGUUGGUUUAAUAAUAUUUUCUCUAUUGACAUUA